AUGGCGAGGGUGAGGUCCCCUCAGCGCUUUGCCUCCGGAUAUGACUCCGACACCGCGAUAGAGGAUAGCGGCGAGGAGGAGGAUGAGCAGGAGAUCAAGAGCUCCUACAACCUGAGGGAGGGAGUCGACGGCAGGAUGUACUAUGGCAAGGCCAGUGAUGAGAUGCCGGGCUACGACGAGAGCAUGGAUCCCGAGUUCGAUCCCGUCGCAUUCGCCGAGCAGGAGAUGAAGUCCAAGGACAUCGAAGACGGCUAUGAUUCCAUGGGCAGUGACGACCUGGACAUGCUGGAUGUUGAGAUACGGGAGGAUGAACUCGACAUCGUCCGUGACGUGAAGAAGGGAGAUCUCGUCAGCUUCUGCAAGGGCUUCACCCCCGCCACCGUCUUCGAGGGCGUCAUAAGGCUGAAGUGCGUGGAGGAGAGCGAGAAGGCGGGCUUUGGCGUCUGUGUCUGUGGUUCUGUCCCGACUUACUACUGCUGUGUCUGCAACAUGAUCACGACCUGCAAGUGCUGUAGUCACAAGGGUGGCUGCUCGAUGUGUGGCAGCGAUGACUCAGAGCUUGUCAGUGUGAGGCUGGACAAUCCCGAGACGAUCGGCAGUUUCAUACAUGACAUCGACAGCACGGAGGUGAGGUGCAAGGCCAGGACUCUCAAUGACCGGCUGGAUGACUGCAUGAUGAUCUUUGACAGUGUCAGGGACCGUGUUAGCUUCUUGGUCUAUCUUUACGAGACCGUGUUUGACGGCAUCCUCACGCCCUCCCGGAAUAUCUGCACGAUAUGCUUCGAUCGAUCGGCCCGUGUCAUCUAUCAUCCCUGUGGCCAUCUCGCUGCGUGCUCGACUUGCCAUCUGCGUAUGGGCUCCAAUCAUCCAUGCCAUAUGUGCCGGACCAUGGUGACACGGUCCUACGUGUACAUGAAUGUCCAUCUCCGUGGGGUUGUGGAGCGCAGCAGCAUGAGAUGUGAUUUUGACAAGUAUAUCGCUAUUGAGAGAAUGCUGGAUUACAACACGCCGGAUGCGCUCAAGCGGUAUAUCAUUGCCCAUGCGAAGAAGACGAUGCAUGAGCCGAUCGAGAUCUCGGACUGA